AUGCUGUCUAGACUGGUUAGUUCGUCACAUAUUAGUCUCGCAGCUAUUGUGCCGUCAGCGCAGGACGCGGAGGUGGUUACCAGUGGAGAGAACGACAAAGGUGCCCGCCCAACGGGAGCUGAGGAGAGGGGAAGUGUGGAAGGGACAGUGACAAUGGCGGCGAACGAGGGACGGGAAGGGGGAAACGGUAGAGAGCACGGCGAGGGAAUCGAUGGGGUGGGAGGAGGAGCUGAGAGAGAUAAUCUGAGGGCCAAGCGCAGGAAUAGACGAGCAGAGAAAAAAUCAAGAAAGGCGGAGGCAACUGAGUCAACGGAAUCAACGGAGUCAACUCCUAGGGGCGUGUCCGAGUGGCGCACGCGCCCGCUCGUCCCGCACGGUGCGUCCCAGUGGCCGCAGAUCCAAUCCCUUGCCGCCACGUCAGCAGGCGCCAGCCUGUCAAUCGACGCGAUCUUCGCCGCCCUCGGCCUCCCGCCACUCGCGGACGGCCAUCCGCAGCUGCCGGUGCGCGUUCGGCAGCACGUGAACCCCUUAAAGACGUCUCUAAUGGCGCCGCCGCCGCCCGUGGACUGGGCGGCAGUGUAUGAGGACCCGUCGCUUCCGCUGGUGGUGGACGUUGGGUCGGCAAGUGGGCGGCUGGUUUUGGCGCUUGCUGUGAGGGACUGGCGCUGGCGCGAGAGGCUGCGAGGGGGGGAGGAAAGAGGGCAGGAAGGAGAGGUGGGAGGAGGGGAGACACAAGGAGUGGAAGCAGAGGCAAAUGGGGGGUUGGAACGAUCGUCCACAUCAGUACACCCAUCACCAGCAGCUGCACCGUCUCCGUCGUUCCUCCCCUCCCCGCCGCUCAACUUCCUGGGCUUUGAGAUCCGCGACAAGCUUGUGCAGCGCGCCGACACGUGGCGCCGCCAGCUGGCGCUGCGCAACGCGCACUUCGUCGUCGCCAACGCCACGUCAGCACUCGAAUCCGUGCUGGCAACCUACCCGGGACCACUCGUGGCCGUUUCCAUUCUCUGCCCUGACCCACACUUUAAGAAUAAGCACAGGAAGCGGCGGGUGGUGCAGCGGGGAUUGGUCGAGGCGAUUGGGCGGGUGUUGGUGCCAGGUGGACACGUGUUUGUGGAGUCUGACGUGGAAGAGGUGGCUGCUGACAUGUACUGGCAGUUUGCUGAUUACAGGAGGGGAGGAGGGGAGGGGGGUGGUACGAUCUUGGAGGGUGGGGAUGACAGUGGGAGAGGUGAGGUUGGGAGGGAGGAGAGUGAGGGUGAGAGUGAGAGUGAGGGAGUGGGGAAUGCGACCGAGGAGUGUGAGAGUGCGGGAGUGCGGAGUGUGAACGACAGUGAAUGUGUGCCAAGGUUUAUUCCAAGCAACUUUGUUGCGGCAGGAGGUGUGAGUUGGGAGGAAGGAGAGGGGAGUGUGUGGCAGGAGUUGGCAAGUGGAGAGAGGGCAGAAGAGGGGAACGCAGGGGAGGGGGUUGCAGGGGAGGGGAGUGCAGGGGAGGGGGUUGCAGGGGAGGGGAGUGCAGAGGAGGGCAGAGUAGGGGCGGGAGUAAGGUGGCUGGAUUACAACCCCCUGGGAAUGCCGAGUGAGAGGGAGGUGGUGGUGCUGCUGCAGGGCUCACCCAUGUAUCCCCGGCCCCUCCCCCUGCCCGUCGCGUCGCCCCCCCCUCCCCUUCCCCUGCCCGUCGCGUCGCCUCCUCUCCCCCUGCCCGUCGCGUCACCUCCCCUCCUCCUGCCCGUCGCGUUCGCCUCCCCUUCCCCUGCCCGUCGCGUCGCCUCCCUUCCCCCUGCCCGUCGCGUCGCCUCCCCUCCUCCUGCCCGUCGCGUUCGCCCCCCCUUCCCCUGCCCGUCGCGUCGCCUCCCCUCCUCCUGCCCGUCGGGUUCGCCUCCCCUUCCCCUACCCGUCGCGUCGCCUCCCUUUCCCCUGCCCGUCGCGUCGCCCUCCCAUCCCCGCCCCUGUCCUACCGUCGCGCCCUCCUCCCCGCCCCUUCUCACCGUCGCGCCCUCCUCCCCACCCCUUCCUACCGUCACGCACCCUCCUCCCCGCCCUCUCCUAACGUCGUGCGCCCUCCCCCCGAGCCCACCGUGCCCUCGCCCUCACCUAGGCUCGCGCCUCCGCGUUAGCCCGUUCCCACCCGCGAUUGGCACGAGCCCGAACCCCACUACCGCCCUGCGCGCGGGGCCCUAG